AUGGCCGACGUGCAGAGCUUCUUCGAGACAUACCACCGGGGCUUCUUCCGGAUCUACAACCUCUGCUCGGAGAGGGCCUACAGCGAGACGGCCUUCGGCUCCCCCCCCGCGGUCGAGCGCCAUCCGUUCGACGACCACAACCCGUGCCCCCUCCACAUGGUCCGGCCCUUCUGCGAGUCCGUGCACGCCUUCCUGGAGGCCGACCCCCGCAACGUGGUCGCGGUGCACUGCAAGGCUGGGAAGGGCCGCACCGGCAUGAUGAUCUCCGCCUUCCUGCUGCACUCCGGCAUCUGCAGGACGGCGGGCGAGGCGCUGGACACAUUCGGCAACCAGCGGACCCAGAACGGCAAAGGGGUGACCAUCCCGAGCCAGCGGAGGUACGUGGAGUACUACGCGUCUAUGCUCCAACAGCUAGACAGGAACGACGACAUGCCAAGCCCCGCGAUGCUCCUCAAGACGAUAUGCAUACCAGUCAGCCCGAAUUUCGACCGGUCUGGCGGAUGCAGCCCGUACUUCCAGGUGUACCAAUUCUCCGAGGAGAAGGGGCGCAUGCACAAAGUGUUCAGCUCCAAGAAGUGCGACAGCUUAGCGAUCGGGCGCGCCCACUCGGGGACCAGCAUCUUCCUGGACGUCGAGGACCUUGGGAUCACGGUCAGGGGCGACACGAAGGUCAUCUUCUACGACAGGAGCCCGGGCCUCGCGAGCGAGGGCCGCAGCGAGUGGGGGUCGGACCCCACCCCGUAG